GGGGCCGGGGACCGACACCAUGGUGGGGGGCCUCACCCUGGCCGCCCCCCCGCCGGGGAAGGACGGCGACCUUCAGCCAUGCAAGAAACAAAGGAAAGAUGAUGACGAGUCUUCUUGCAAAACUAUUAUUAAGUAUUUGUCUCCAAUAGGAAAAACUGGAGAUAAGGUUUUCUCGUCACCAAAAUCUAACAACAUUCUGGAUUAUUUUAAAAAGACUCCCCCUGCCUCCGAGCACGCUUGCAUGGCUAAAGAAAGCAAGGUAAAGUCGUCUAAACUGUUAAAUGUUGAUGAUGGCAAAGAAUGUCAGACACCUUCGAGACCAUCAUCGAAUUCUACUUCUGGUUCACGGUGCAAAAGGAGAGGAAAAAGGAUUAACUUAUGCAAACAAUUAAAUGAUUCAAAACCUGAAAAUGCAUCUACAAUUGAAAUUAUUAGUGAUGACAGUGGAGAAAACAGCUUAAGUAAUGGUUUUAUUGGCAGCACAGAUUCUUCUUUUCUUGCUCAGAAAGGUGGGGAAGAACGGUCAGAAAGUAACCAAGACCCCAAACCUCAGUCGAUCAUUGUCCCGUGUCAAAAAGAUUCCAAGAAAGCAAACUCUGAACAAAGCACAGUAAAAAGUAACCGGAAAAAGCCCCUGAAAAGGAAGCCAAAAAGUGAUCUAGGAUUGCCUGAAAGUUUGUCUUGGGAAAAGGAGCUUGAAGAACCACAAGCAUCUUCACCAAAAGCCGUAGAAAGUAUGAACAUGAAUCGCCCAACCGAAGCAGUGCAGUUAAAUGAGAGUACGGUAACCGUGUCAUUUGAAGAGUUUUUAAAAAGCCAAAGGGAAAGUAGAUUGGAUCCCGUGUCAGCAGCUGACAGGUCAAAAUUUGUUAAUUCUGAUGCUGCUAAGGAAAGAGCCAAAAAUGAUAAUACUAGUGACCCUGAAAAUUGUGAUGGUUCUCUUCCCCUUAAAACAGUUACUGUUCUUGCUCAAAUUCACUCCAUUCCCCCCAAAUCUGUUUCAGGGCUAAAAGCUAAAAAGACUAAAAAAAUAGCCUCAAUUUUCUUAAAACAAAAGGAAUAUGGAAUAGAAAAUAGUCCACCUGAACUUGAAGUUGAGCAGAAUGAGCAGACAAUUCAGAAACGAAAGUCCAAUGUAGUUAUCCGGGAGGAAGAAUUGGAAUUGGCAGUGCUAGAGGCUGCGGGCCCUGAGGUUGGGAAGCCAAAAUGUACAGUAGAAGAAAGACAGCAAUUUAUGAAAGCUUUUAGACAGCCAUCAUCUGAUUCGAUUAAAAGUGGAGUUAAAAAAUCCUCUGAAAAAGUGAAAGAAGUCAAUGAAAAGCCUUUAAAAGAAGAAGGAGAGGAGGAGGGUGCAAAUAAAACAGAAAAUCAGAAACUACAAAAAGAGUCAGUGGAUUUCAAUUCACAGCCACAGCCUGGUAAAGGAGAUUCAACUAACGGGAGAACUAUGAAGCUAAGGAGAAAGGGAAAGAAAGCAUCAGAAAGUACGGAAAUAAAAAAUGAGGAAAAGCCAGAGGAAGAUAAUGAGAAAAAGACUCCAAAUGAGGGGAAAAAUCCAAGUGAUACAGAAGCCACCAAAAAUCAAGAUAGAGUACGAAGAAGCUUAAGACGACAGAAAACAGCCUCCCAAAGCAGUAUGCCGUUUACCUUCAGAAAUACUGACUCGAAAGAUUCCAUAGAUGACAGCCCGUUUAAGGCUUCUACGCCGAAAGCCAGCGGUCGAUGGGCCAGGACAAACACUCGACCAGGUACUUGCCGGAGCAAAGGGAUCGGUGCCUCGAAACGUGCUCUCAGUGACAGCCUGGUAAAGGUUUCUGCCCCUGAGCUUAGAGGUAAUUCAUCGAGACGGAGACGCAGCAGUAAUCCUGUUAGAAUAUCCAUCAGCGACACUGCUUCUGAGGGGGCUCCAGAUGAAGAAAGUCCGGUGAAGAUUUCCACUCCAAAGGCAACUAGUACAGCGUCAGGAAAAAGUAAUUUAUACGUGGCUGAAUUGAUAACCGUACCUUCCGAUUCCAAGAGUCCUAUCAGGAUGAAAUUUACUCGAAUUAGUUCCCCUAAAAAAGGUGAAGCAACAGAUGAAGACUUUAUUCCCAAGCGUAGGAAGGCAAGGCGUUCAAAAAAUAUAUCCAAAGCAAAACAAUUGAUUGAAAAAGCCAAGGCCAUCCAUCAUAAGUCAAAGGUGAAUGAAGUAUCAACACCUCUAAGGCGUUCUUCUAGGAAUCAGACUCUUCUUGAAAGGAAAAACAGAACAGAAGCAAAAGAUUCAAUAAUAAUUAUAGAUACAAACUCUAGUAGUAGCCCAAGCCCUAAAAAGAAUGCCAGAAGAAAACAGAAGGCGCUUCCAUGUUUGAAUGAUGUGUUGGGGAAAAAAACUACAAAUACGAAAUUCACUAAGAAUGUACCAGUGGGAAAAGUGAAAGUCGCUCCUUUAUUCCUAGCCAAAAGAGCUCAAAAAACCCCUGGAACUGGAACUAUCACAGUUUUUGAUGAGAGCAGCCAAGAUACCUCUGAAAAUUCCCAGGAUGAUAAGCAAUUCAAAGCAAAGCGUGAAUUUCUUAGGAGUGGCUUGCCAGAUUCAUUGAAACGGCACAUUGCAAAGAAAGCAGCUGCAUUAGAAACGUACUUAGCAAUAAGUUCCUGUUUCCCGACAGUUGUUCACGUACAACAAAAGGAUGACUGCUCUCACUUGUGGAAUUUGACACCACCAUCUUGUGCUCUUUUAACUAAACUUAGAAAACUGAGUGCCCCAGUACCUGACAUCACAAAACGUGCUAUUGCCCUUGGUGAAUUUUCAGUGUUGGAUAUAAAACCUAGGAAUACCAACUCUGCAGUUGUGUUGUCUGGGUCAAGGCCAGAUUUUACCGAAGAACUAAGGAAGCAUUUGCUGAAGGAGAUUCAAUCUUCUAAUUCUGAUUUUCCUGUAAAAUCGUAUUUCAUGAAUUUUCUUAAAAAGCGAACUGAGCACCAAGCCCUUUUUGAAAACCAAAGUAAGCAAGUAGGAAAUCAACGACUAAAAUUCAGUGACAAUCAGAAAGAAAGCAAAAGGAAAAGAACAGAAACUGAACAUCACAAAUCAAAAAGAAGGAAACCGAGCAGUGAUGCAAGUGGGACAGUUGAAGCGCUCCCAAUCAUGGACAGAAGCAACAUCAAUAAUUCACCUGGACUAAAAUUGGACUCCUCCAAAGCCAGACUUUCUAGAGUGACUAGAAAGAAACCAGCAGCUCAGGAAAAUGCAGCCCGUAACAAAAAAGCCGACCUACCUCAGGAUCCCGAUGUUUUGAUAAUAGAUAAAGACGAGGGCUCUUCUUCAGAAGUCAUCACCAUUUCUGAUUCUGGAAGUGAAGAUAUGCUCUGGACAGAGAAGUAUCAACCUCAAAAUUCCAGUGAACUCAUAGGCAACAGGCUAGCAAUAAAGAAGUUACACAGCUGGUUGAAAGACUGGAAAAAGAGAGCGGAGUUUGAGGAAAAAAAUGUGAAGGGAAAGAGAGAUGACAAACAACAAGAUCUCUCAGACAGCAUAGAUUUUAAGGGUGAUGACUCCGACGAAGAAGAGAGUCCUCUUUGCAAUACCGUCCUCAUAACUGGGCCAACCGGUGUGGGAAAGACAGCUGCGGUCUAUGCUUGUGCUCAGGAGCUUGGAUUUAAGGUAUUUGAAGUUAAUGCCUCUUCUCAGCGCAGUGGUAGGCAAAUUCUCUCUCAAUUAAAGGAAGCGACCCAAUCUCAUCAAGUGGACAAGAAAGGUGUAAAUUCCCAUAAGCCUUGCUUCUUUAAUAGUUACAGCCUAGGCAAAUCACCAAAAAAAUCAAGCUCUCCUAAGAAAGUUAUGUCACCAAGGAAACCACCGCUUUCACCACGAGGAGCAGGACCGAAGCGCGGGCUGCCCCCUAAAACUUUGGCAAAUUAUUUUAAAGUCUCUUCUAAGCAAAAGAAUAAUGAAGGAAUGACAAAAUCCCAAGAAAAUAACAACGAAAUCUGUAGCUCUGAAGAGAAACAAGGUUUGAGAACUAAAGCAACAAAUACCCCUAAUUCCAAUAUCAAGGAAUUUGAAACUGAAGAACCUAACCGAAAAAGCGCUACAUCUCUCAUUCUUUUUGAGGAGGUUGAUGUAAUAUUUGAUGAAGAUGCUGGGUUUUUAAACGCAAUCAAGACAUUCAUGGCCACCACUAAGAGGCCCGUAAUCCUCACUACAAGUGAUCCUGCAUUUAGUUUAAUGUUUGAUGGCUUCUUUGAGGAAAUUAACUUCAAAACACCUUGUUUGAUCAAUGUUGCCAGCUUCCUGCAAGUUUUAUGCUUAGCUGAAAAUUUACGAACUGAUGUGAAAGACUUUGUUACCUUGUUAAAGAUAAACAACUGUGAUAUCCGGAGAAGUGUCCUCUACUUACAGUUCUGGAUUAGGAGUGGAGGGGGAGUUCCGAAAGAAAAGUCACUAUCAUUUUAUGGAGGAAAUGACAGGAACGUUCAGGUAGGUUCCACUGAAGAUACUGCUUGUUUCACGAGUUCAGAAAGGGAUCCUGCAGACCUUCCAAUGUGUGACACUGGCUCUGUUGAGACUUUUCUUGGUCUUAAGAACAUCUUCCACCCUUCCGAAGAUUUAUUUUCAUUUUUAAAGCACAAAACCUCAACAAGAGAAGAAUGGGAUAAACUCAUCCAGUUUCUCACUGAAUUCCAAGCACGGAAUGUGGAUUUUCUGCAUAGUAAUCUCGAAUUUGUUCUACCGUUGCCAGUUCUGACUGUUCCAGAGCCAAAAUGUGCUGGUAUCUCAUCAGGAACUUCAAGUGAAAAACCAUUGCUAAAAGAUUCAAAACCUCUCAUUGAUGAUGAACAUUCCAAAGAAAUCAGCACUCUUAAAAAUUCCAAAAAGAUCAAAUAUCGGAAGAAAAUAACAUCAUUGGAUGACAGUGACUUAUUUGACACCGAGUUGAACUACUUAGAUGAGCGUAGCAGUCCAUUGAUAGCCAUUCCUACCAAAAAGGAAGAAGAAAAUAAAGAUGGAAUCUGCCUGGAGACAAAGGACCAACACAAAUCCGUAGAGGUUAACAGUGCUUCUAUUCCUCCUAAAACUCUGGCAGAAAAAAAGUGUUCCACACUUGUUUCUCACUGUCUCAAUUCACUGACCGAGUUCCUGGAUAGUAUGUCUUUCAUAGAUUCUGUCUUGACCGGUGUAAGGGAACAAAAGGAAUUUUGCCAAAAUGAAGAAUUUAACUGGACAAAUGGAAAGCUUAAAAAUGGCCUUUGUGAUGAGUUUAGUCAAGAGAAUAGCGAUUGGUUUACUUCUCAAAACACAGGAGAACUCAAAGCAGUCGUGGAAGCGCUCAGUUUUAGUAAGUGCUCUGCUGACAUUUCUCAAGCCUUGGAAACCUCUUUGGCUUCUUGCAAGAAACUAGGAAAAGAUCCAUCCAAGGAACUUGCCUUGCAUGUUUCAGAGAGGCGAAAUGAAGUCUACUUCAGUCAAUCCGCGGCAAAUUUAGACAGAGCCCAGAAGAGGUUGGCCAUCAUCAAAAGUGUGUUUUCCAGUAGAUCGCUUCUGAAUCUGGGAAAUAGGCAAGAGAUCAUCGUUGACUAUCUGCCUACCCUACGUAGCAUUUGUAGGACUGAGAAGAGUAAAGAACAGGGCAAGAGUAAGAGAAGAUUCCUGCACUAUUUUGAAGGAAUUCAUCUUGACCUCUCCAAAGACACUGUGAACUGUUUGGCAGCCUCCUUCCCUUAAUCUUUUCUUUGACUGAGUGCCUUGUACAGAUUUUUUUAUGUGGUACUUCUAACCCUUGGAUUUUCCAGAUUCAUUUCUCCAUAAUGUAUAUUUAAAAUAGUCAUUUGUAUAUUACAUUUGUGUACACAUGUUUUAAACCAACAGAAAUAUCAACACCAGGGGAUAAACCGUAUAUGCGGUCACGCUGACAUUGCUUUCUGCACUUUGACCGCCUUAUGUUCCCGUCAUCCCAUUUCAUUCCGCCGAGCUCCAUGUUCUUGUGGGUGAGUCGUUUCCCCGAGGUAAAUUUCAUCCAAGGAAGUAUUUGAAGAGGCUUGAGCGCUUAACGACCCCUCUGAUUCUCCCCCAACAACAUCCCCUCUCGAGGCCACUGGCAUUUAUUUGCCAAAAUAAGCGGUUUUAUGUAGGGCUUUCUCAUCACUACAUAGUUUAAACUUCUUAAUGAAAAUUCCUCAUUACAAAGUGGCAUCAAGUCUGAUCACGGUAAAUUCUGGAGAAAAUUUCAAAGGGGAAGGAGAAACAGCUUAAAUCUGCACUGCCCAAAUACGAUCCUUAAUGGCCUUUUUAAAAAAUGUGUGUUGGCCUUCUUGAUCAUACCAGCAACUUCUUUUUUAUUAUGGGAGGAGUUAGUUCUCUAAGGUGCCAAAAAAUAAAAUCAUCAGCCACGUUCUGUAAAUAGUGAGCCCGAGUCACCCAGUUUACCGAGGUUUCCUCCUGGUUUUUUGAGGUGCUCUGAGAGGAUCUUUAACUUUCAGAUGACCAGGAGGGGACCGCAUUUAGGGCAUUGCAAUCGGGUACAUGCACAUAUCAGGUAUGUGGCAAUGUUUCUAACUUUUUAUACCUUUUUAAUUAACUUUUAUAAAGAUUUUUAUCAAGCUUUCACAUGACUCUUGGGUUUUUUAUAUAGCUAUUUUAAAAUGAAAGCACAGCCCUGGAGAUAGGAUGUUGAUUGAGCACAAUUCCCAGUAUUUCUGAUGAAAUUCCAUUGGCCAAAAUUUUGUAAAGCUCAAGCUUGUCACUUGGAAAUAAGAGAAUUAUUUCUUUAUUUUUGCCCUUCUCCUUUAUGUUAAGCUCUGUUGGUCAGAUUAAUUUCAGAUCUUGAUUUCUGAAAAAAAAAUGUUUUUUAACCUAAGAUAGGAUACGGCCGUUGUACCGUCUCAUUUUUCUAUCAAAUUGAUAGAGCCAGUCAUUCAUGCCAGGAUCAAUGCUUUCAAAUCUUGCAUUUCCUUGUUCUCCUUCACUCUGACUCAUGUUUAAGUGAAUAAUGUUUGCCCUCAAAAAAUUUGCAGAUCAAGAAAUUAAACUGAGUAUUUAUUAGAUGAAUAUCCUUGUACCUUAAUCAUGAGUAAAGGUAUAAGUAUUUGAUAAUGUAAGAGCUUCUUACUUCUGUACAGUUUUGUAAAGUGUAAAAGCAUACUUGUUUGAAAAUGUGUACAAAGAUGUAUAUUUACCACUAAUGUGUACAAUACCACUUUGUUUCCUGUAAUUAUGUUGACUAGGAUGCUGGUCUAAUUAAAGGUUUUAAGCUCCAAAAAAAGCUUAGCCAAUAUAUGAAA